AUGUCUGGCAAUAUUGAGCAGGCUUCUGACAUCCGAAAACCGCCUCCGUUUGGGCGACAAUCAUCGGCUCCGUCGUAUAGCCAAUCCCAGGACAGCGCUCAUAGAUCCUCUUCAUUUGAGGUCCCACUUGUCGCACCAUACUACCCACCCGUGUUCUCCUUUUGUUCGGACUUCGAAUCAAGCCGCUCCGUGGCCCCAAUUCUUCACGCUGACGAUCCAUCGGGUAAACGCUCAGGGCGCGAGUCUCCCAACCCGGACGAUUAUUAUCGAUCGGAGGGGUUGGUAGUGUUGGCGCCCAAUGUGACAGUUGCGAACGACAACAUGGCAACGGGCGAUGCUGGUCUGGAUGCGCAAAUGUCUCCACUGCCACCAACCGUCGUAGAGUUGUCGCAACAGAGACGACCUGCUUUUCGAUCAAUCUCCGAUUCGCCAACAUUAGGAGGACCGCCCAUCCUUGUCCCUGCAACACGUUCCACUCCCAGGGCACGACAAUCUUCGUUCAAAGACCUCAUCAACAAAUUUAACAAUACUUCCGACGAAGUAAUUCCCCUUCCUACCGUAAUAUCAAAGACACCAUCGCAAUCAGUGACUUCUUUGGGAGUAACUGACGACAUCAAGCGCUCGAGAGAUUUGCCACGACCUCGGGCCCAACGAGAUUCCCUACCCUCGAUCACUGUCAACCAGUCUCAGGGGCAUGAGUGUGUCGAGUCGACACCAGAUUCGCCCAUCGAGCAGCAGCAAACCCCAGAGCCGCUGAAUGUCAUUCCUCCUUUGUUCCAACAAUCUCCAACCUCUUUUUCUCGGCGACCGUUGUUAUUGGAAUCGUUAGCCAUCGAUACACAGGUGAAAACCCUGGGUAUCCCAACGCACCUGAGACGUCGUGGCUCUGACGGGAGCAUACAAAGUCCGAACACGGCGACGUCGAUCGACCAGUUCAAUACACCACUCACUCCUACAGCCUGGUAUCUUGGGCAAGCAAACUCUCUCGAAGCGGUCCACGCCGGUGCGGGUCUCACUGCAAGUCAUCGUAGGACUCAAAGUGAACGAACCAAAAAUCCUUUGGGGCUAUCCCUUGCUGAGCCGUGGGACCCUCAGAUGGCGGUGUCCGCACCCUUGCAUAUGGGAAAGCCAAUUGACGAGUUUGAGACUCCCGGAAGUCCAAAUUCCAGAUCCCGCAUUCCUAUAUCCUCCCAUCGCCUCAGUGCUGCAUCCGGCUCAGAGGGCCUAUCACCCACCAACAACAAUCUCCCUUUCAGCGUUAGAUCCAGCAGCAUUCAUCUGCCUCCGAAGGGCUCUAGUCGCCUUCCUAAACCGUCUGUAAAAGAUAGUACAACUAUCUUGGCCAAGGAAGCCCCGUUAACGGCUCGCGGAACGGGCACCCGUCGUAAUCAAGCACCCGAUCGGCUUCUACAAGCCUACAUCACUACUACUCCUCCUAAAAAGUCUCCUCCCUUACGAAGUUCCCGACCGAGACAACCGGUCUCUAGUCCAGCAUCUUCACAAUCCAAAGCUAGUGACCGAGUCUCCCCAUUUCAAAAGACCAUUGAUCGUCUUGCCGAACCACGCUACCCCCGUCCUCGACAGCGCCGACUACCUGAGCUGGGCAGCGUGGAUUUCGAAACCCGGCGGCAAAAUAUUCAACAAGCUUUCAAUCGGACCGUCCAGGAGAAUGAGCGAAAAGAGGCAGCUGCAGAGAGUAGACGCCGGACCCAGGAACGAGAAGCAGCUCAGGCAGAGGCUCAAGCUAAAUCGCAAGUGGAUGAACAUAACACAUCCAGUACGCCGAUAACUAGUUCUCUACCCCCACAGGAAAGUAGAGAAAUGGCGAUUACGUUGAUUGAGCCAGCUGAGCUUGUGAAUGAAAACCAAACCGAGACCUUUCCGCUACACCUCGAUACGCCAAAAGCAACAAUGGAUUCUCCGACCUUGGGAUUGCCCGAUGCGAAUAAUCACGCGCCAACACUCACUAUUGAUCUGAAGUCACUCAAAGCUGACGAUACUCCGCCCUCACCUGUCUCCGAGGCGGCCUCCGAUGGUACUCAAGCCACAACGUUUGAUCCAGAGCCUCAAGCCGGGUCAAUUCACCGUAGAAACAGUGAAUCGCAUCGCACUCUUUUAAAUCAUAUUAUGCAGAUUCGUGACAACAGUUCAGGCAGUGAAUCAUGCGAUGAUGAUGAGCCGGAUUGCUCUAUGUCAGAGACUGAUGAUAAAGAAUCCAUUCAUAAUAUGACUCGCCGGUCGAGUUAUCUUCGCGAAUCAAACAACACGGGUACUGAGGAGCCUCAGCAAAGACAAUCACAAGACCCUGACCAUCGUUGGAGUUCAAGCUCUUGGUCGUCAUCUUUACACCACCAAGCAUCUACCUGUGAUGAACAAUGUGAUGACAGUAGUGAUGACAUCGUUCUCCAAAUGCCCAUGCCAGGGCAAGAGACCGAACCCGUUACAGAAUCUUGCUCCGCCAUCUCUACACGUCCUGAAUCAUUAGCGUAUAGUGACCCGGAUGCCCCGAUCCAAGACCUUGGUCUGAUGGGACCAGAGACUUUGGGUGCAUCACCACCUGUAUCCUUGAACAUGUUCUCCACACCCCCAAGUUUGGCACGACAGGGUCGUUGGGAUUCACGACGUAUCACUCAGUUAUACCUGGAGGAACUGACUCGAACGAGUGGUAGCAGGGUUUCACUUCCAGAAAACAUUCUGUCUCGAAGUGCUAAAAAAAUUGAUCAUGACGUUCGUGCUACAGCUCAGACCAAUAGCUUGACUGACGAACCCGUGAUUGUGCCAAGGUUUCAGGAACAACAACCUGUUGCAGACCGAGUUCCCCAUACUUCAAGCCUUAGCCAGCGUGAUGAUUGGGAACAUGCAUCUCCGUCCAUCAUGGACUGGAUGCAGGUCGCUGCGGAAGAUGAAGCUAUCACUCCUUCAACUGACAAGCUCAGUAAUAUGCACGAUGUGCCUACUCCGCGAGUUCGACGACCGGUGAGUCAAUUCAAUAGGAUAAGUAAACCAGAUUCAGGCCUCGGCUUGAACAUAAUCAAUUCCCGAGGAUCGACCGAGUCCUCGCAUCCUAUGAAAGAACUUCAGAUUGAACCAGUCAAGGUCGAUGUACAACCAUAUGAUCCUUAUCAGGUCGUUCCAAACCGCCUUCAAUCUUCCAAUGGUGUUUACAGUACUGGGGGUAGUGGGGAGUCGUCAUUCCGACCCUUGGACUCGACACAUUCAUUCCAGACCUAUCAAACUGCAGAUUCUUCUACCACAUCCUUUGCUCCAACUGAGUCUCCCAUGCGAAUGGAGUCGAGGAAAUCACCAUCGCCCGAGCAGCGACGCCUAAAGAAACGGCGCAAUGUCAUCAAGGAGCUUGUCGACACUGAGUAUACUUUCGGGCAUGAUAUGAAAGUUGUCGAUGAUAUCUACAAAGGUACAUCCGGAUCAUGUUUGGACCUCUCGGCCGAAGACGUGAAGAUCCUCUUUGCCAAUUCCGAUCAAGUUGUACAGUUUUCUCAGUCCUUUCAGGAUUCUCUCAAGAAGGCUUCGAAAAGUGUCUAUGUUAUGCCUCGGUCACAGCGAUGGAGUAGUAAGCGCAGCACCCGAGCCAGUCGCCCUACUUCUGCAGUUUCUCCUGAUGUGAGUAAAUCUGACCUGGAGAAGGACCGCGCCACUUUCGUCGGUGAGGCUUUCCUUGCCCACGUGGUUCAGAUGGAGAAGGUUUAUUCAGACUACCUGAAGAACCACGAGGCUGCCAACAAGAAACUUCAGAUCUUGCAAAGCAGUCCGAAGGUUGCCAUCUGGUUGAAGGAGUGUCGUGACUGGGCAUCAGAUCUUACGAGCGCCUGGGACCUGGACUCGUUGCUUGUCAAGCCAGUUCAGCGAAUUCUCAAAUACCCCCUCCUCCUAUCCCAGCUUUUAGAUGCAACACCCAAAGAUCACCCUGAUUAUGCCAAUAUUGCGGAGGCGUUGCAAGAAGUCACCAGCAUUUCUGUCCGAAUUAAUGAAAUGAAGAGGCGCGCUGAUCUUGUGGGUCAGGUGGUUGGCCGGAAACGCAAUCAGUCUGAUGUUCGUACGGGUCUUUCUAAGGCCUUUGGUCGUCGAACCGAAAAGCUUCGCCAACAAGUUGGUCUGUCCGAUAUGUUCGAGGACCAGAUUUAUAAUUCUUUAUCACAUAAGUUUGGUGACGGAUUCUUCCAACUGCAGGUUGUCAUGCGUGAUGUGGAAAUGUAUACCCGUGAGAUGCAAGGCGCUAUGGAUCAAUUCAACGAGUUCAUUUCCUCGAUUGAAGGUAUUAUUGACGUUUCCUCGUCCAACUACGCAGAUUUGGAGGGCAAGUGGCGCAAUUUCAGCAUAUCAUGCCAGGCAAUUACUUCGACUGCCUUGCCAGAACACCUUGAAGUUGUUCGAACAUCUGUGAUACAGCCAAUGGUCACGUUGCUCAAGCUUCACGACGGCCCCCAACGAGUGAUGAAAAAGCGCGAUAAACGUCUGUUAGAUUACGCGCGUUACAAAGCCGUCAUAGACCGUGGUGAUAGACCUGACAAGAAAACCCAGGAGCAAGGCGAACAGUUCAUCGCCUUGAACGAAACUCUCAAGGAUGAGUUGCCAAGGCUAUAUGCGCUGACAGCAAAACUCAUGGAGGCUGCUCUGAAAAACUUCGUUGAAAUCCAGACAACAUGGUGGAAUAUCCUGCAGAAGAAGUUGAGCGUUCAUAUUGAGGCUUUUCCAGACGAUAUAGAAAAAAUAAUUCGCGACUGGAAUAGUGACUACACUUUCUCCGACGCACAAGUGCUAUCCCUCGGGAUUUGCAAUGGUGCCCUCUUGGCAGAUACCGUCAACCUGGUUAAUUUCAAUACUCCGCCUGGUCGACCUUCUACGAUGAACAGUAGUAGUUCCAUCCACCGUCCGAACUCGAUGUCAGAUGAGUCUGCAAAGGUCUCGUAUGAGUCUGCCGGCAGCCAUUUCUAUUCUCCUCAACUGGAUGGCAGCAGUCAUUCAAUGCUCCGUCGCCGGGCAGAUUCCUCGGUUUCAGGGGGACCCGAGACCCCAGAUAUUGCGCGCAGUCAGCUCUUACAGCAGGUGACCAACCCUGCUUCCUAUCCCCAAGCUAUCAAGAGAGCCGACAGCGAGCCAUUCCCCAGCCUACCAGCACUGAGUCUUGAUACUCCUCUUUUGACUGAGAUUAUGAAUGCGAGAUCACCCAAUGAGAACAUCUCCCCACCAUCCCCUGGUGGUAGAUACACGGGCUUCUUUUCUUCUGCAAUGCCCAUGUCCGAUGAACCCUCCGAACCCGAACUAGAAGCCUCUCACGUCUUGGAUGCCCAAUCUUCGAAGGAACCCUCGAUACUGUUUCUUGCUGCAAGCAUCUAUGAGUUCAACAUUGAUCGUGCCCGUCGCGAGGCGGGAUACCCUUACCUGACAUAUGUUCCAGGUGAAAUUUUCGACAUCAUCGCCGAGAAAGGCGAGCUCUGGCUUGCCCGUAACCAAGAUGAUGACUCGAAACUCGUCGGUUGGAUAUGGAGCAAACACUUCGCCAAACUGUCGUCGUAG